CUUAAUUCUAAAAUUCACCCAUCCCUACCCAUAUUAAUUAAAUAAAAUGAUUACAGGUCAGUUUAUAAAAAGACUGAUAUGGUAGGACAGAUCUAGUUUUGUGCCUUCUAAAUUCUAUACAACCAAUACGUUCAAUAUUUAAUUCCGCAUUCAUGUGGAGAUUGACGUUCCAUUAUUCUCUUACCUAUAAAAUCUCAACUGCACAAUGACAGACAAUUAUUCCUAUCAUGUCACUGUAUCAAUAAAACGGAUUUGCCUAAUCGAUUCUCGAUUGGCGAGAUAUUGAACCAAAUAGUAAUUACCAACAGUGGGUGGAUAUCUAAACGACCUUGAAAGAACUGUGAACUGAAAGCAGUACGUAGGUGGUUUAUUGCAUCAUGAAUUUAAAUCAUUUACACACUAUUAAUCAGUAUGUUUCCAAAAGCAACUCAUUUAUUAUUACCACUCUCAUGAUCCUAUGAAACGGUGUAUCCAUGUCACUAGAAGUCACAUAACCACAUUUAUCAAUCGAACGGUUAAAAUGAACAACCCUAGUUUAAGGCAGAAGAAUAUAAGUGUCAGUGUACGUGGUAGAUCACGAGUUCGAAUCCAAAGGUCUCAGUCACCACAAGGAAAGAUUAAUUUGUCAUAUUUUCGAUACGGAUCUGUGUCUCCGCCACGAAAGAUUGAAUCCAAUUGCAAGGACAAUACAGCAUCUCAAAUAAACUGUGUGCAACGUCGACACAGCUUAGUGAUACAAAGAAAAUCUCCAAGUCCCAUUACAAAUUCAUACGACAGGAUUAGCAUAUAUCAACAAAAUAAAAAAAACACCCCUACAAAUGGACUCGAAACAGACAUAAAUGUGACGCGUACAAAUAAUUUACAGAUAGUAAACAACCAAUAUGAAAAAUCAAUUCGCCAUACAGCUCUCACCCCACAUGCUAAUGGUAUUUCAAUAGUGAUUGGCGCAACUAACUCAGCUUCCAAUGAAACACCAGACAGAAAGUUGUUAAGAGAUGACUCAUUUAAUUUAAAUUCAGUCUCGCCAUUAGGCCGUAUUGGAGAGCCAGGAUUAUACGACCUUGGCAUACCGGUCGAUAGCAGUUUAGUUUCUCUCUCUACUAGUCAGACUGACAAUUCUAGUCUUAAUUUUUCUGCCCUACCAUGUUUGUCUAUAACUACAAAGCCUAUUGUACGUUGUCCUGUCUCAAAUUCACAUUCAAUUUCCAUUUCCGUUAACGGUAAUGCUGCUUUAUUAUUGAACGGGAAUAAUGACAAUUCUUAUUCAUUUUCUCCAAAAUCAACUAGUGGACAGACUACAAUAACAAGUUUACACAAUAAAAAUGUUGCUUUAAACGACCGACCACCACUACCUCAUUCAGACAUCAGUGUUAAAAAAAGUGGUGUUGCUGUAGUGCGUAUUUCCGCUACUAAUUCAACAAGAGUAGUGAGCAACUUACCUCCUAAGAAUCCCACCAACGUUAUCAGUGUUCGAAAUCCUCCGGAGCCAUUACAUUCCUAUAGUUCUUAUGAAAACUUACUAUCUAAUGGGGCUAGGCGUUUUAGCUUAAUUGACCAAAAUCCUGAACGUGCUAAGCUGCGAUAUCGAAGUGUUUUAACGAACGUCUUAUCCCCUAAUUCGUCUCAGAGGCUUUUCCAUUCAUCUUGUGAUCAUUACGUCAAAGCGAUGCCCAAUGCUCAGUCUAUGGGGAUCGAAGAUAUAAAAACUAAUUGUGUCCCACAGGCUCGAUUAGCAAAGCCUACCAUGAUUAAUAGCACUACCGACUUCAAUACCCAAGGACGGAACGAUGAUUUAAGGACUCUGCUAAACUCUCGAAACCCAAGAAAUAACAACUCACCUGUACACCGGAAUAUUCCACCUACUGGGAAUAAAAUUUCAGGAUCUAAUACUUCAGAUCAACUGAAAAAUAUCCGUUCUAGUUUUUCUGGGACUAAUAGCCAAAAUUAUUUCCGGAUACAAAUACCUAGCACACGUGCAAUAUCUCGACCUAAGGGAUUUGCAAUGACAGAUAGUUUAAAAUUGUAUGAAGAACAAAUUUUCAGUCAUUGUCAACCUUCUCAACGUCCUCAGUCAUGGUGUCUAGAUUUCGACCAACCACGAGAUGAAAAUAACCCGGUAGAUGAUUCACAUUCUAGUUCUCCAGCGUCUACUGUGUCUUCAUCUUUCUCUUCUUCCUCCUCAUCAGAUACUUCCCAAUUACUAUCUCAGAACCAUACGGAUCUUAGAAGGAUAAGGAAUGUUCCCUAUUAUACUCCACCUGUGCACCCACGAAACUCUUCAAGAUAUUAUCAUCAAAAUGCUCCAGUUGUGACGUCCUCUACUGGACUUGUGGCUAGUGAAGCUACAACUCCUACCAGUGGUGCACCACUUGGUUGCCAUCUAGCGGAACUAGCCAAAGAACCUCGUUCAAGUCAGAAAUGUCAUAAUAAUAAUAAUAAUAAUAAUAAUAAUAAUAAUAAUAAUAAUAAUAAUAAUAAUAAUAAUAACUAUGCACCUGUGAAGUCAGUUGAUGAAGUUUUUCUUCAAAUGAACUAAUUAAUCAUUGCCUCAACACACGAAAUUCUCAUUUCAACCAUUCUGGUGUUAUAUAUUCCAAUGCACAAUCAGAGUCAAUUCAAACUAACUCCAGUUAUGAUACAGUACGUCCAAUUAAUUUAUCACCAGCUAAUCUAAGAUCGAACUUUUUAAUAAGUCGACCAAGUUUACCUUUGGAAACUACUGUAAAUGACGAUCAAAUUUCUCAUGUUCACUAUCUUCGUCAUCAUUCAUGUGAAGAAAACUAUUCACAACCAAAUUCUGAUUGUAGAAAGUUAUCACUGAUUACUGGAUCAUCUCAAUUAAUUGGUGAUAAUAAUAAUAAUAAUAAUAAUAAUAAUAAUAAUAACAAUGCUCAAGAGCAUUUCUCUUCUUCACGGCUUACACCAUCACCCAUAAUUUUCUCUUCAUCUGUUAGUGAUCGUUCAGACAAUAACAAUACCACGAUACCACCAUCUUUGUUGGACAGUCAUCAAGAUGUAAUCGCUUCUCCUAUUAUACCUCCAUCUACAACUACUUCUUCGAAUAAUUCAGAUGUUGAUCCAAUUCAUAGAGCAGAUGAACAACACCAGAAUAGUAGAUCAGUUUCUCCAACAUGUUGUAGCUCUCUCUUAUUACCUCCACCUGUUCCAUGGAAUUUGGAUUUAACAACAUCUGAAGUGAAUGAAACAACACCAAGUUUAUUUGUUAAUAAUAGUAAUGAUAUGAUUUUAAGAAAUGAUUAUUAUCAAGGUAAAAUAGAUAUUGGAUAUAAAUUUAAUGAUGGUUUAUUUAAUGGUGAUACUACACAACAACAUGCUUGUAAAAAUGUCGAUAAUAAUAAUCAUUCGAGAUGUCGAAGUAAAGAUUCACUCCUUUCAGAUGACAUAAACUUUUUAAAUAAUUCAUGCAACACUCAUCAUAAUUAUCCGAAUUAUGAUAAUAAACCACUUGGAUUAUUAUCACCAAGUCAUCAUUUGAAUUUUGAUAGUUUUGAAAUUUCUGAAAUGACUAAUAGUAAUACAUAUGCUUUUAGUACAUUCGAUUCAGAUUGUCUAGCAUGGAUGCGUUUAACUGUACAUGAUGUAACAAAUAAUACAAAUGAAGAUAUGAAUAAUUCAUCAGAAUUACAAUUACCUAAUUUGGAUACAUUAUCUCGACCAUGUGUUCAUCAUUGGGUGGAUAUAUUCAACUCGAAUCCUUUAGGUUUACGAUUAAAUUUUGUGGAUGAUUCUUGUCGACUUGCUGGCACUCUACGCAUUUAUAUUAAUCUUAUUAAACCGGUGAAAAUGUCUUUAAGACGUACAUUGGAUAUGUUUCCAUCAAGUGCAACAGCGUCACCUGAACCAAAUAGUCCAACUAAAUUGAAUUUAAAUGAGAAUGGGGAUGAGAAUAAUGCUGUACCAACACCACCACGUUUAGUUUCAUUUUUUCUACCAAGAGGUACUUCAAAAGUAGUUUAUGUGACAAGGUAAGUGCAUUUUUCUUUUGCACUAGACGGCCGUUUCGACCUAUUAUGAGACUCCUCAGUAGUACACGUCUAUGCGGUAUUAUCUAUAAAGCCGAAAUCAAUCUCCAUAAACCCCUAGAGUAGUUAAUCAUGUACUCGCUAGUGACUUAUCUCAAGAGACAAUUUCAGGAGUUCUAGUGAGAAUUUGUAUCCAUGUUGAGCGUGAAGAGGUAUCCAUUAAGUGCACUGAAAGAUGAUUGCGCGAUAUCAUGAAUUAGUUGAAGUUAAACAAGGAAGCAUUGGUUCAGUGGUUUAGAUAUUAAACGUUUUCGUGCGAGACCAGUCACCGGCUGGGGGGGAUAGAGACUUAAGUAGUAGUCCCAUACUGGGACGAAUCGUCUGUCCAGUGCCUCUAGUUUUGGAAUGGUGGUUUAGAUAAGGUCGGUUCAUAAUUCAAUUUACGAAAAUCAUUUAUCUAUCCUUAGUGCUUUUCUAAAGUUUACACUUGACUUUUAACACAUAAGCCUCAUGUUCGAAAUCGACCCCACCUACUCCAAUUUGGUCAGCUGGUUGUUGAUAUUACUAAUUUUAUACAGAUGGUUAGUCUUUGUUCUCAUUGAUUUAGAAAGAAAUACACAAAGUUACGGAUCCUUGGAUUAAUCUUUAUGCACGCAAUAUAUAUGGUAAAUUGUUUGCUUCAAGUGGAAACCGAUUAUGCCCAAAUUAUUUCAGUUAUAUUUCUGAAAUUUCUUGUGGUUAAUUAAUCAAUUACAUAAAACAUAUGGUGCUUACAAUUUAAAAGUUGAACAGUUGAAAUUUUUUAUGCAUGGCAUGAAAUUACCGAACUUUUUUCAUUUGUUUUUUGUUGAGGAGACCCACAAUAGCCCACGAAAAGAGCCCAAAGGUGCCCUGAAAAGUGCUGGGAAGCAUUUUAUUCAAUCAGCAUUGAAUGGGAGUUUGUCAGAAACAUCUAUAAAGUAAAGUCACCUGUCCCAUUUCUGAUUUGAUGGUUACCUAUCCCGCUACUAUGUUUAAUAGGGUUCCAGAACCUUCCAAAAACCAAAGAUCAUCUGAAAUGCCAUAAAUACCCUCACUUUCCUGUACAUCAACUAAUUUUAGAGGAAAUCGUUCCUUCCAUAUUUCGUGCCUUUUCUCUCAUGUUCAGUUUGUCGUGUAGAUUGGUUAUUGGAAGAGCUUAGGAAACUGAUUCAAGCGUCCAGUCAAAAGAUUUAUCAUUUACAUCCAAUGAAUUUACUGCAUCUUUUCAACUUUUCACAAAAAAGCAUUUCACAUCGAAUAUCAUUCGUUUAAUGGUGAGAACAUGAAGUAGUCUAUUGAACCGACUGUCUAAUAUGGAAAGUACAUUUUCAUCAACAAGAGUUCAGAUAUGUCUGAACGAACUCAAUGGCUGAUCAGUCUUGGGAUAACGUACUGGAGGUCUGACGAUUAAUAAGAUGAAAAGGAAAAAAAUGAAAGUAAUAAUAAUAAUGUGUUUAUUGAUAAGUUGAAUAUCAGAAAAUGUAGUUCCAAAAGCAACGAAUGAGAAUUAAGAAUGAAAUGUGUAAGAUGAAAAUAAUGCAAGAUUUAGAUAAUUAACGAAUGCUAUUAUGGAUUUCCAACUAUAUCACUCAGCCUCAGGUUGCAGCUAUAAUGUGAGCUUCGACUAGAAUGAUUAAAUCCUCCUACAGUUUAGAUUAAGAAUAAAUAAUAAAGCGAAACUGUCGAAUGCUUAAAGGUAAGCUCAACUACUUUGAUCCUUCUGUAGUUCGGCGGGGAGAUUUAUUAGAAAAGGGAUACAGAUUCCUGUUCACGUGCUUUCAAACACGAACUGCGCCUAUUGGAAUGACGUGGAGUCUAACCACAUAUUUGUUCAUUAUGGAAUUGCUACAUGUCAUUCAGAGGAGAAGGACAUCCAAGAUACCAAGUAACAACAAGUUAAACUUUGUGGGAGCAAUCUUUGAACUAUAUCAGUUCGAACAACAGUGGAAUAUAAAUAAAAAAUUACCCUUAAAGUAAAUCCAAUGACAUUUUAACGUACCAUCAUUUAGUCACAGAGGUGGGCUAUGAGAAAGAAUAAUUCAUUCUAUACGUCGAUUGUGGUUGUUAAUCACCAAGGAACAAACUUUAAAUUAUGGAACCUCAGGUACUUGUGCCACGAAAGUGGAAAGGAUUGUGGCCCGUUGAUCUGACUUCAAUUUAGAGGAACGAAUGGAUAUGUCAUGAGCAUAAAUCUACCAUUUUAACUCUGUAUAUUACACCUAAGCUAACCUCGUUUGUGCGACAGCGGUAACAAGAAGCCAAAUACAGAUUGAGUUGGAUGGAAUUAUUUCAUGUACUCGUUUACUCCGAAGACGAAGUCUGACUUUCACUUCCGCGUGGUGCUUCCUGGAUUGAGGGUGAUCUUUCUCCUCAUGAACUAACGCAAGCGACACAGCAGAGACGGAACUGAUUACCCAGUCUGUACAAGUCAGGUGGAGACCGGGCUCAUCACCUACUCUAUCAAAUAUGGAAAUCAGGCUAAUCAUCCACUCCGUCUUAAUUUUGGAUUACAAGAGGAGAGAGGUUGAUUUUAAAUUGAGAGCGCGAUUGCGGCACUGAGUGAAACUUCCUUUUAGUGCUUGGACUGACUUUGUCUGGAAGGGCUAAUAAGGGCUGGCCAGAGCGUAGGCCAUAAAAUGUGCCACAACAACUGUCCAGGGGUUGACAUUAAACUUGCUUGUAGUAUGAGCGUGAAUUGAACACAUUGUCUAUGAUAACUUAUUUACGUACUGAUUUGAGUACUUGAUAUUCAUUCAGGGAAAAUACUUCGGGGAUACGCUCUGAGGUGAUCACAUCUAUACCUACAUGUAUCUUAAGGAGUGUAUGAGCCUCGGUUUAUGCGUUCUAUAUGUACAUGUAUCGUAUACUUGCGAGCGAAAUCCUAUAUGCCUAUAUGUACUUGUGGGAUGAGUGGACUCGUUCGCCCAUUCUAUGAUUGCAUGUAACUCAUAUUAGCAACCGCGACCAUCUAUGACUAUAUGUAUAUAAUUGAAAUGUACGUGUCUUUGAUAUCUGCAUUUGAGUAUAUGCAUAUACAAGAUACUCAGGAAAGGUUCCACGUUUUUGCUCUGGUGAACUCAUUAAUAGUUCAUCAGUACUUUUGAUUUGUAUCACCUUCGUUAAACAAGAUUUUAAUGAUAGACUUAACUUAUUGCCGAAUGAUUUGCUUAUUUUUAAACCUCAAUUUUCUAACGUCGUCUAGUUUUAAAACUGAAUCUUCCUAUUCAUGGUUGAAGUCUUCUUAACAAUAAUCAUAAAAUGUUAUGACUGAUAAAUUUCAACUAGUUUGACUUUAUAGUCAUUAUAUUCUACUUUCAAUACGAUGUGUAGACUAAUUAUUAAAACUUUUCUUAGGAUUGUUAAAGCUAAUCUUUGACAUAUUCUUAUUGACACUGCAUUAGCGAACAGCUGAGUUGUAAUUGUACACAAUCUGUCUUCUUUCAAUGCACAAAAGGGUGUAAUUAGUAGACUAUAGUACAUACAUAUUUUAUGAUAUAUAUAUAUAUAUAUGUAUAAAUUCUUGAUUACUGUAGCAACCAUAUUAAAAAUUCAAUUAAUAUCUUUAAGAAAAUAUUUUGUCUUGUCAUUAAAGAUGAUUUAAAAUGGUUUAUGUGUAUACUUUUCAGCUACUUUUGAAUUUUAGUGUGUUUACUGUUGCCUAUAAUACAAACAUGAUAUAUGUUGUAAUUACAUCAUAUAUUGCAUCGAUUGACUCAGUCAUGCCCCCAAAUGUCCUGGUACGGCUGAGGGUGGGGAAAGUCACAUAUCCCUCUCCAAACGCUCUCACAUGGCCACACAGAUACAGCCACUCUCAGGGAAGUCUUACUCACUGACUUCUCACGACGAGGGUGUUACGAAAUCAAUCGAACGAAAAGCCAAUGUCUGACGCUUUAACUGUGUUGGUGGAUAUGGAGGAUCCACCUAGAGGAGUUGGAAAACCCUAAUUCCAAACCUGUGGUUCAUAUGGAUUCCAUAAUCCAGAGGGGGGAACAAACCGUGUAUGAUGAACCUAUUGUUGGUCACUGACUACUACCAUGAGACUUCAUCUUCGAACGUUGUUCCACAGCCUUAUGGAUUAGACCUUUAGAUGUAAGGCUGUGGAUGUGGUGCUGUAAGAGAACGACCUGCUUCGAUUUGUGCACCUGAUCAGUAUUCCAGCCUUCAAACGAAUCGAAUGAUUUGUGUGUCGCAUAUAUAUUUGUUGUUUCCUUGUCCCAAUGUUUAUGUGUUUAAAUAAUUAAUUAAAAAACACGGUCACCACAGAGCUUGGUACAAAUGUGAGACUUGGAUGUCGUGGGUUGGACUUAUGGUUGAUUUAAGGACGAUGAUUGAUAAGGUGAUGCUUUAUAUUACAACAAGACCAAUUGUUUGAUUUUUUCCUGUUUUCAAUGAUUGUUUAAUUACAUUUACCUCUUGGUUUAAACUGUGAACACAUUUACUCAUUAUUUAUUUGUUUCAGUUCUACGACUUCAGCUAAUGCUAUUCAAUCGUUGUUAGAUCGAUUUCAUAUACAAGAAUCUGCUCGUAAAUUCGCCUUGUAUGAACAUACUUUAGAAGAUAGUUCAAUUAGCGCUCGAAAACUUACUACAACUGAAUGUCCUCUUCUAUUAUUAUUAAAUUGGGUACGUAUAAGUACAAAUCGUGAACAAUUCUUAGAGUUGUUGAAACAAAAACGUAUUGUACUACAAGAAAAUGAUGCUUGUGAUAUAGAGUGGAAAGACUUUACGACAGCAGAAUUAACAAAUUUCCUACGUAUACUUGAUAAAGAGGAAUGUGAAUAUCGUAAUGCUAUUCUAUAUCAAUAUAAUUUGUUGCGUAAUCAACUAGAACAACGUAUGAAACAAUUAGUAAUUACGAAUCACGUUCAUCAUCAUCACCACUCUCAUUUUCAUGAGUCAAACGAAGUUACUGGGGUUUUUUCACCAGUAGACAGUAAUACUACUACUCCUACUACUAAUACCACUGCUAAUGGACCUAUCUAUUCAAGAUACUAUUCACAUUCACAUCCAUAUGCACUGGAACAAACUACUGAAGAUAAUCAGUUACCUAGUGGACAUUGUAAUUGUCAUUGUUCUCAUUAACUAUAGUCGUUUUAAUUUGUAAUCAUUUAGGUGUAUCCCUUUUCACUUAUGAAUUGAUGAGAGUUUCUAUAUUGAUGAUAAUUUCAGAAAAGAAAUUCACAUCAAUCAUCAUAUUUGGAUUCAGUAUUUUUAUUCAUUCUAUAUUCCCUUAUCUUAGUGAUUUCACUUUAUUGUUCAAUGGGUUUAGUGAAACUUUUUUCUAUGAAUACCACUAUCAGUACGAUUAUUUACUAUAAUUAAUCAACUGUGUGUGUACUGUCAGUAGUAUAUAUCCCCACCUGUUUAUUAUUAUUAUUACCAUCACUCUUUGUUAACAGAAAUCUAAUUCACUUAUUCGACUUGCUUUUUCAAUACGUUUUCUGUUUGAAUAAUUUGUUACUACAUAUUUUUUCCUACUUCUCAUGUAUGCACAACCUUAAUUAGUUUUGAGUGUAUCGUUCUAUUUCUGUGUGCGGUGUGUGUAUUUCAUGGUGGUAAAUGUUUGACAUUGUUUUUUUCGAGAAAUAAAAACAAGCGUAUUUUUAUUUUGUGCUGAACUUGCAAAGUGUGAGUAACUGUGACUAGUUGGUCGUGUUUGUUUGGCUAAUGGAUAACAGAGUUCGUCGUUACCUUUGAACUACCCUAGUUGAAUUUUGUUGCCAUUGAAAUUAUUAUUAUUAUUAUUAUUAUUAUUAUUAUUAUUAUUAUUAUUAUUAUUAUUAUCAGUGAUUAGAGAUUGUAAAUAAAUUUGCCUUUCUUAGCUUUUUGCAUAAUUUUUUGUUCUUUUUCUGAAAACAAUACUAGUAGGGCAUAUAGUAUCAAUUUGAUUUUUGAUUCCCCUUAGAAAAAAAACCUUCAUUCACAUUUAUUGUGUAUGUUUGUUUAUUUGUGUAUGUAUGUAUGUGUGUGUGUGCAUCCGUGUUCGUGUAUGCUUCUUUCUGUUGUUACAUAAAAACAAGUGAUCAUCUUUUUGUACACGUUUUAGAAACUUGUGAAUCAUACUUGUAAGAGUUGAUAGUACGUGCGUGAAUUGUUCACAUACUACUGAUUUUAACCUGUUUAAUACAUUAUUUAUCCAUAUUAUAGGCUGAAAUGCACAAUACACGAGACAUUUUACCUGUGUACAAUCCUUUUUUUCUGUGGGAAAAGAAUAAUGCUGUACCCUUUACAAAUGCAUACAUACAUUUUUUUCUCUUAUAAUGCUGUUCGCUUUUUAUUGUCCUGUUUUAAGAAUACCUUAAAUUGUUUAUUUGUUUGUUGUGUUGAAAUUUGAUCUUAUUUCUCUAUUUCACCUUGAAAAAAAUCUAGGAAGCAAAUAAAUAUUUUAUGAGACAAGUAUUGUUUUUCCAAUAUUUUCAAAAUGAAAUAAUGGGGUUUCCAGUAUUUUUUUUCCAGUUUUGGGAUAUGGGCUUUGGAUUCGUUGGUGAACUAUUGAGGAACUGAAAAGUUCUCUUCACUUUAUUUUAGAAUUUUGAGAAUAGCUUUGAAUCAAUCUCAUGAGGAUGUAAACAAGUUAUCAUUGAGCAGAAAGUUUUAUAAUGCAACGAUCCGAAUUGACUAAUUAGGCGGCAGAAUAUAAUAACUGUAGUGAACGAAGACUUGGUGGGGAUAACCAGUCUCUUUUUUUAAUGCAGAAUUAGAGCGCUUCCCUAAAAUAUGAAAAUCAUACAUUAGAUACAUUAUUUGCACAUCUCCCAUCAGUUGUUUUUUACAUGCUUCAUAAUUAUUUCAAUUCUGUUGUUAUUACAAUCGCUCUCUGUUUUCCUUCCUGUUCUCUUUAAUUCGAUCUCCUAUCAGUCAUUCCACUUCUGAUUGGUGUUGCAUAUUACUUAUAUCUGUCAAAAUGAGUAGCAUACACUUACAACUAAUGAGAAUUUUGAUCGUAACACAAGAGUAAAUCACUUUAAUCAAUCGUUGCUUGAGAAUUCACAGUAGAAAACAAAAAUAUGAGCAUAUUUAAUGACGAAACUAGGAUAUAUUCAUAGUUUAAUGGAAUUUAAAAAUAAGUGACUGAUAUAUUGGCUAUCGGUUGUAUUGUACAAUUAAUUCAACGUCUG